CUUCCUUGCCUGGCGGCCCCGUAGGAGCGUCUAAGUGGCUGUGGCCACGACCUCACCCCGGGGAACACUCCCUAGACACUUCACGGGCGGCAGAGCCGCGGAAGGAAGCAACCUUCAGGGCGGGAAGAAGAUGUUAAAAACCAUAGGCAGUCACCCCAGUAAUGGAUCUCUGUGAGGAAAGUGAGACUUUUUUAGAAAAUAAAGAAAACAAGAAAAUUGAAGAUACAGAAGAGACGGCGCCGACCUUACACUGUCCAGACGAGGGAAGUGAGAGGAGCCAUGUCUGCUGCCUUCUUGGUGUCAGCGACCUCACACUGGAAGAGGAUGGCAGGGCCAGCGAGUUUGCCAUCAGCACUGGGUGGGAGGAAGCCGUCCAUGGCUGGGGAAGGACCUCACCAACUGCCUGCAUCUGGUCCAAGAGGAAAGUGAAAAGGGGCCGGGGAGGAGAAGGCACCGCUGGCGGCAACAACUGCUUGUUCUGUAUGAGUCUUUCUCAAAGGAGUCUGGAACCCCGGUCCCUCGCAGAGGUUGGGAAACUGGAGGUGGAUGCUGUGGCAGAGGAGAGCUCCCAGAAGAGCUGGAGCUCUGAGAAGACCUGGAACGGCCCCUCCCAGGGCCCCAGCAGCGCUUCCAGAGAGCCCAACAAACUCUGCUUUCCCACGUACUUGCAUGGAGAAAAAAAAAGCCUGCAAAUCAAGGAAUUUAUCUGGUGCAUGGAAGAGUGGGGUAUCCCCGAGACAGUUAGCAGCAAGGCCUGCAGGAACCCCAGCGGAAGCACCGACCAAGGGCUCUCCAUCUCUGAUUCCCUUGCAUCCAAGGCUCUUGUGGUUCUACCCCCACUGAAAAGCUCCCCCCACAACUUGGACGUCCUGAGUAAGAAAAGCAGGAAUAUCUUCUGGCAGCCGGAAGAGAAGGCACCGAGGGCAGAAAAGGACGAGUGUGUGGCUUGUGCAGACGGACUGAAAACAGUAGAUGGGAAAGGUGAAAAGAGACAAUUGGAGCUGGCCAGCCGCCCGAAGGUCACCAACGUCCUCCCUUUCCCCCACACUGUGGCCCGGACCCACCUGCUGUCAGCUGAGUCCCAAAAGUGCUGCCUGCACUGGUCCCUCCUGCCCCAGAAAAGCUCUGUGUUCCCACCCAACCCCACUGACAUCCACUAUCUUGCCACCUUGCAGGUUUUGGGGCAACAGGGAGGGCAAAACUGCAGAACUAGGCUCAAAGCCAAGGAAGCCAGACCUCCCAGGACCACUCCCAAGCAUAUUAUCACAGAGGCCAAGCCGGAGACCAGGCCUCACGUACUAGAGAGCAAAGUCUUCCCCAAGCCUCUCUUGCCGUCCCUCACGGUGAGCAGGGUUGUCAUCCCCGUCUCCACCCACAGAGUCCUCUGAUAUGCCACAAUAUAAUUCCCUGGGACUGA